AUGUUAGGGUUUGCCGCUGCAUCCACCACCGUCGCUGUCGUUGGCGCUAACACUGUGUACCGUGUGCAUUCUAGCGUUUCAUGCACUGCUCUCCAUCUCCACAAAGCUAGCUGGUGCUUCCAACUGUUUCAGUCAUCGACGAUGUCGUUCAGGUUGGAGAGUAUCAAAGCCAUGGCAGAGGUGUCUGAAACCCUUGUCACACCCAAGUCUGACUCGAAGCCCUCUGCUUCUGGUAGCAAGCAAGCGCUGAUUUCACUGUCAGACAAGAGGGAUCUGUCUUUGCUGGGCAACGGACUUCAAGAAUUAGGGUGA